GCACGGUUGCCGUCUGCUAUGCCCUUAGCGUGGCUGUUCUCUGCUGGAUCUGCUUCCGGGGGCUGCCAAAGAAGCAGCCCCAGCACCCCAGUGUCCGACAUGGGGGCUCUACCAGUCUGGUGCUCUUCCUGGGUACCGUCUACGCGUUUGCCUAUUUUGCCACAGACCAGUACGUGCCGAGCAUGCCGCAGAUGGAGGUGGACCUGCAUGGCUCGCAAACGCUGCUGAGUGCUUCGGUGCAGCUGAACCUGGUGGUGAAGGCUGGAAGCACGACGUUUCUGCUAGUCAGUUCGUCCCUGUCCCUUUGGGUCACGGUUUGCCACUUUGCCAACGAUGACUGCGGAAAGCUUCCGGUGAAGGCUGCAAAGUCCUUCACCGAUUGUGGACCCCAUACCACCAAGACCCAGCUGCUUUCCCAGGAAUGGUUCUUAGGCAUGGGCGAGAGUGUGGAGCCCGUCGUCUUUGCCAUGGCCAGGGACUUCUUCCCGCAGAGGGAGGAGCGCCCCUCGGAAAAGAAGCUGGUCUUCUUGUCAAGGAAUUUUUGA